CGCCGCGCAGGCAGCUGAGGGGCACGGCAGCCCGGCCGGGGCUCUCCUUGCAACCGCGGGAACGUCUCUUUAAAGGGGCGAGGAGCCGCUUCGUCGGCCUGUCCGAAGCGCACCCUUUAAGCCUUUAGGAGAGGGCGCUUCGGCUGUGCCUCGGCGGCGGGACGGGACAGGGUGCCGGCCGCCUCCCCGCGCUGCCGGGUCGUGCCGGGCGUGCGGCGGGAGUCUCCCGGCUCCAUGUUCAUAUUUGGCGUUGGCCGCCGGUGCCCAGGAAUUUCCCGUCAUGCUCCCCGGGCGGCGGGCCCGUCACUGCGCUCCCGCGGGGCGGGGGGGCCGGGGCCGCUCGCUCGCUCCCUCGGGCCGCUCCCAUGCGCGCUGCGCCGCCGCCGCUGCUCCCCGCGCUCUGCCUGGCGCUGGCGGCCGCCGCAGGAGCCGCAGCUCUUGCCCCUGUUCUUUGCCUCUGGUUUUGUUGUUUUCCGCAAUGUGUAUCACCAGAGAUGUACUACUACAGAUGUCUGUUCACAUGGUCCAAAAGAAAAUAAAAGGUCAUGUAGGGAUAAAAAGGACUGUAAGGUGGUCUUUUCCCAGGAGGAGCUGAGGAAGCGGCUGACACCCCUGCAGUACCAUGUCACUCAGGAGAAGGGGACUGAAAGUGCCUUUGAGGGGGAAUACACACACCAUAAAGCUCAAGGAAUAUACAAAUGUGUUGUUUGUGGAACUCCUUUAUUCAAGUCAGAAACAAAGUUUGACUCCAAUUCAGGUUGGCCUUCUUUUUAUGAUGUGAUCAGUCCUGAUGCAAUUGCUUUCAACGAUGAUUUCUCCUAUGGGAUGCAUCGAAUUGAAAUAUCCUGCAGUCAGUGUGGUGCUCACCUGGGGCAUAUUUUUGAUGAUGGACCUCGCCCAACUGGCAAACGGUACUGCACAAACUCUGCUUCGUUAUCUUUCAAGCCAGCAGACAAGAACAACGCUGGAGAAGGCAGCGGUAAUGCCAGUCCUGCCCAAACAGGCAAAGCUGAGCUGUAGGAUGAAGCAGAGCCUACAGAAAACUGUUGAUCCCAUACAUCUUACAAGGAAUGUUUUCUAGUUUUCAAGUUGCCUGCUCUCUUAUAUCCUAAGAAUGUUCAAAUCUAUGAAAGCAUUUUGCACCAUCCUUCCUCUUCCUCACCUUUUCAGAACUGAGGCCUUGCCUGCCAGUGCAUUUACUGUAUAAUUGGAUUGAAAAAUGUAUUGACUGAGUCCACAGGUUUUCUUUUUUAUUCUUUUCUUUGAGAUUGCUUUGGGGAAUCUUUAAAUUGAGAGGCUUUGACAUCAUUAGUUAUUAGUUUCUUCUUAACACUAUGUUACUCUAGGUUUACACACUAUUCCUUUUUGUGUGGGAAAUGGGACUUGCGUUUAUCUCCAGUCUAUAGGAAACUUCUGGGCAUAAGAAAAUCCUGAAUUCCUAGCACAUCUCUGCUUUGUUCUGACAUGUGAGGCAUGCAGCCUUUGGUCAUAUGUAUUCAACCAUCUCCCAGCAUCAGCCACACCUUGCAAAAACUUGUAGUUAUGUCUGUUCCUUCCCAACUGAAAGAGAUGGAUGAGAUGUUAAAACCAUCCUUUGGCUAAUUUACUGCCAAAAUUUCAAGGGUGUGGUUGAGAGGAUAUAUAUUGUCUCAGCAUCUGUGUUUCCCCUUUGUUUAGUAUUUAAAUCAAGGUUUUAUCUAGUAAGGCUCACUUUUGCAGGUUACUAAUGAGGCUUUGUCUGUUUUCGAGGCCUGUUCAACAAGAGUAACGCAAAUCUGAAUUAAAGUUGAAAUCCGCAGGGGGUAAUUAUAUGGGCAAGUGCAGAGAUAAUCUUGCAAAGUGAAGUAGAUGAAGGAUGACACUAGGCUCUUUAUCUUGUCAGUUGCUGCAAGGAUUCAGAAACAUGACAGUUUCUGCUAGAGAGAAGUUUAGGAAUGAAAUGAAGUAGAAGGAGGGAGACCCUCCUGACAUAUGCAGUUUUAAAGAUUAUCUGGUCUGGAUGCAUACUGCAUACAAGAUUCAAUCUUUAAUUUGUGCAAUUGAAAUGUAGGACAUGAGUGACAGUGUUGGUGUAAGAAAUUAACUCAAAAAAAAGCCUGUCUCAGUUCCAGAAAUUUUCAUGUAGCAAAAUUCACUGUCCCAUAAGAUGUUUUUCACAGCUACUUUUUGAUUCUGUUGAAUAACACUUAGAAUUGUGCAUAAUACUGUUCUUUAAGUUAAACUAUACAGUAUUUGCUAACGCCACUUUGCCUUUAAACACUGAGUGACUUAAUGAAUACGGUAUUUACUUCUACUAGCAAACUUUGUGACUAGCAUGUUUGGAUCCAAUUUUAUUUUUAGUAGGAACAAAGCAACCACUGAUUUUUAUGGAAGCAGGAUUGAGGUUUUUAUGUCAGUGAUAAUAAACAUAUUAUCUAAAGUUCAAACACCCUUCAGUUGAAAUAUAGCUACUGUGAAAGCAUAUGGAAUGGUCAUAAUUGCCUUUUUUUAAACAACAUUAGAAAGACAUGAAAAAGACAUACUGUGUCGUUCUAAUUAGGAACGGCGGGAAGAACGACACGGACUCUCAAAGGAGUCAGAACAGGAGAGAAUCUCUAGUUUAUUGUUACAGCCAUGUUAUAUAGACUAGUUCGUGAUGAGUACAGAAAGGAAACUCUUAUUGGUUAGUAAAGUGCUACAUUACCAUCAUUGGUCAGUGGGGUUCACCACCCCCUGACUUUCUCCUGCAAGGAAAACACGGGAACAGACAAACAGCACCUGCAGGCUGUUUUCUGUCUUUGAGGAUUGUUUUGAAUCCUCCCAUGAAAUUCCCAGGCUAGCUUCUCAGGCAGGGCUGGCAGGCCAUGGGGCCUGCAGCUUGCUCUAAAGCUAGCCUCCACAAUACUGCACCUUAACAUUUAAUAGAUGCAAAUAAGGAUGAUAAGUAUUUACAGCUAAAACACUUGGGCUCUGCUGCAGUGAGCAUCUUCUCAUGUGAGUAUUCCCCCAGAUGUCAUGCAAGGAAUUGCUCUUUAGCUGCAGGAAAGGUUGUGCAGAUUGACCUUUGGUGUUUCAAGACAGCCGAGUUUUUCCUAGUGUUGUUAGGUUUUAGCAAUUUCUUCUAGAAGGGCUGCUUUUAUCCUUUGCUGUUAUUUAAAGAAUAGAAGGUUUUCUCUACCACAUUUUCUGACAUAAACAUUAAAAAGGCAGCAUCUAUAAAAAUGUGGUACAUAAAUGUGGUUUAAUUCCAGAUUGCUCUUCGAUUUAAGUAUUAUCAAAUUUCAGUAUAUUCCUACCUUAUGUUAAAGAAAUAUAUUAGUUAAGCUUCAGAACACAGUAAUGUAUGCUGUCCUACUGGAGAUUUAUUUUUGCAGGAUAUGGGAUGCAAUGAAAUGAAUCAAUAUGGUGAGGUGUAUGUGAUCUCUGGGAGUCAGAUCAUUUGAUAUAGGAAAUGCAUUGUUCUUGUGCCCAAGCUAUACCACAGCACAGUGCAAGGUAA